ACAAUGAGGGGAUGAGCGUGCUGGACGACAUAUUAAAGGCAUAUUUGCCCUCAGAGAGAGAGAGCGAAGCGGUAGUGCGUUCUCUCCAACUUCAUCCCGUGUGACGACCGUGCGUUAAUCACGGCUCUACUUGAUGCACAACACCCAACUCAACCACGAUGGAUACGAAUCUAUCAAUACUAUGAUAGAGGCUGGCGACUUGGAAUUGAUUGUCCCCAGUACCCACUGCAUAACUCUGUUAUCUCCCAGCGAGGCCUAUUGCCCUCAAUUGUUCGGUUUUAUCCUGGUACCCAUUGCGCCCUCUAGAUCUGACCGGGGAGAAUACCCCGACAUAAGACUCACCCUGACCCAAGGAUUCACGGCCCAAACGCGCUCGAUGACUACUGCCGAAAAGAAGAUCCGCUUUCUGCAACGUAUCUCGAGGCGACGUUCAAUGUCACACCCGCCCCACGCAACUGGUGAACCCGAGAAUCGAGCAGAUGUAGAGACGGUCGCGGAUUGUAGAUUAAGGGAAACGCCAGCCAUACUCGAGAACCAUCAGCAGUUUCACUUUGCCAUAGCCAUUCCCCCUGCCCUACCAGGGACGAUGAAAACUACAUUCGGCGGUAUAUCGUAUGCAAUCAACGCAAUUGUAACGUGGCCCUCAGGAACAUCGGCAACCACCAUGAGACCGAUCGAUAUACUGCGUCGGGUGAUUCCUGGCCCCUGUCACAGCAUCAGCCAUAUUCGAAAUUAUCACGGGGCGAAACUCUUCACAGCUUUGCGGCUUACGCCGUCCAUUUCCACGGACUCAAAGACAACCAAGUUAGUGUACGCAGCAAGCCUGGUAGCUCGCCGGACAAUCACACCGGGUGACCGACCGAUGGAAACGAAGUACGUGGUCAUCAAAAAGCUCAGGUGGUGGGUGGAGGAGACAGUAAGGUUAAUGAAGGUCCAUACUGCUGCGGAUGGGCAAGAAGGCACCACCACAUGCGUGAAGCAAUGCGUACGUCAAGUAUGCAGUGGGAAGCAAAGAGGACGAUGGACGGCAAGCAAGCCAGGCACGGAAGACCGAAUUGAGAUCCCGUUGGACAUCACGAUCCCAACGAGCGCGAGAUCGGUCGACAGCCUAGACAUGUCUUCAUACUCUAUUGGCACUGGGCCAGUGCCCCCAUCGUAUGACUCCCACCAUCAGCACACCAGGUCGGUCACAAAGUGGGCAAUUACCGUAAGCCACCAACUGAAACUUGAUAUCAUCACUGGCCAAGAUACCUAUAACCGGGAAAGUGGAAACCUCCUGGAUCGAAGACAUUUAUGGAAAUCGUUCAAGGCGUUUUACCCUCUAUCACUGCAUGAAGUGACUUCUGGAGAGGAUCUCCCCGAGGGCCUUUUGCAUGCCAAUCCUGUUCUUCCACAAUACGAGGACAGAUCGGCAAUGCCCCCAGACUAUGACAUUCUGUUAUGAUACUCAGGUAGUUGAUCUAUACCGGAAUGUUACAUCGUUCCUCGUUGAGAUAUGUGCUUUAGACCCCACCGUUAGCGUCUUAGCGAUGUGGUAGAAUACCUUAGAGAGACCUUAAAUUUCAUGUGCUCCGAAGCGACACGAGGUGAAGUAGAUAUUCCGCCAAGACCGUCUCGUAUUCCCACAGCCCCGUGAAGCUAUUCAACAUUAGUAGGUCCGACAUGAACAAUUGAUUGGAGGGUUAAUCCCGCUACCAUUGUCCUUCUGUGUGGUGCCA